GACUGGGCCGCCGCUCCCGAUUACCGUAGCCUGCCUGAGUCGGUGUCUCUGCUGGGGUUUGACUCUGCUGAGGUGGUGGGUACCUGUUCUUGAGGGAGCAGCCUGUGGCACAAGACAUGGCUGGGCCGCGAUCUCACAGCUGCCGUCCCCUGCUUGCUGAGGGGGAGCUUGGCACGGAGUGCGCUGUGUAGCCGAGGGUGUCCCUUUCAGAGAUGGCAGAAACAAAAAUAAGGCUAUCCUUUAAAGCUAAGCUGAUGCAGUUAUUGAAAAACACAGAAGUGGUGUAACAUUGACCUAUGCGUGGAGUAACUCAUCUGCAAACUGUUGGUCUUGUCUUCGUCCUGUUAACAUGUUCAACAGUUGUAAUGUUAAGUUUUACCACAGCAAAGCUCUCACCUCCCCGUAUCCAGGAUCACAUGUUGAGCGUUGCCAAAUUCCUGAAGAUAAAGUGGGCUGGCUGAUUGAGUGGAAGGAUUAUAAUCCGGUAGAGUACACUGCAAUGUCUGUUUUGGCUGGACCCAGUUGGGCAGAUCCCCAAAUCCAUAAUAAAGGUUUUUCUCCCAAAUUCAAUGAGAGAGAUGGAAAAGUGGACAGGAGGAGUCUGAAUGGCUUGUAUGUGGUUGAAAAUGGGAGGCCCCGAAAUCCAGUGGGAAGGACUGGCCUCACAGGCAGAGGAUUGUUAGGGCGCUGGGGACCAAACCAUGCUGCUGAUCCUGUUGUAACUAGGUGGAAGAGGGACAGAAGUGGCAAUAAAAUUGCUCAUCCAGUUACUGGAAAAAACAUCUUACAGUUCGUAGCUAUCAAGAGGAGAGACUGUGAGGAGUGGGCCAUUCCAGGGGGGAUGGUGGACCCAGGGGAGAAGAUUAGUUCUACCCUGAAGCGAGAAUUUGAGGAGGAGGCCUUGAACUCCUUGCAGAAAUCACCUGAGGAGAAAGCAGAAUUGGAGAAGCAACUCCACAAGCUGUUCAGCCAGGAACACUUCGUGGUGUACAGAGGAUAUGUGGAUGAUCCUCGUAACACUGAUAAUGCCUGGAUUGAGACGGAAGCUGUGAACUAUCAUGAUGAAACUGGUGAGACAAUGGAUAAUUUGCCUCUGGAAGCAGGUGAUGAUGCUGGAGUAGUGAAGUGGGUUGACAUCAGUGAGAAGCUUGAGCUAUAUGCAAGUCACAGCCACUUCAUUAAGCUUGUGACUGAGGAACAUGGAGCCCAUUGGAGAGAGGAUCCUGGUCCUGAGUGCUACGAGUGAUGUAAAUGAGGAGCUGACAGACACCAAGGGAGAAUACAUUUUCCAGCUUUGAAACAGAUGAUAUUGUCCUUUUCAGUGGAAAUUCAGUGGAAAUUCAGUGAAAAUUCUAUGAAAUUCAGCUGGCAAAAACACUUGGCAGAGAUAGAGGCUUUUUUGGAAACUUCUGGUUGCUUCUUUUGAUUUCUCAGCUAGUGUGAAAUGAGAUUAAUGUGGAGCUGUUAUCUUGUUUUGUUUUCUUGUCUUCAUUAUUUGCAGCCAUUUCAUAAUAUCUGCAGAUUUGCAUGACAGCACUGGGAUUCUGACUGGCUGUUGUUCAGAGUUUGUUCACUUUUGCACGGAUUUCUUGUCAGGAGUACAAAUCCUUAAGGGUUGUGAGACUUGUAGGAUCAUAAAGUCAAUAACGGCUUAAGUGCUACAUAAUAAAGUUAAAUUUCUUUUCUGAGUCGUUUCACUUAA